UUUAGUUCCCCCGCCAUGGCACCCACAUUCCGCAAACCAGCGUCCCACCCGGCCGUCCUCGUCCUCCGCCGGCUGGACGCGCCGUUCGCCGCCGCGCUGCGCGAGCACUUCCUCCUCCUGGACUUCCACGCGUCCGGCGAGCCCCUCCCGGCUUUUCUAGCCGCGGCAGCGGCAGACCCCGAGCCCCCGCACGCCGUGCUGGUGGUGGGCGGCGGAGCCAUACGCGUGGACGCCCCGUUCCUCGACGCCGUCCCGUCCGUCCGGUGUGUGGUCACCACGGGCACCGGCGUCGACCACAUCGACCUGGCCGAGUGCGCGCGCCGCGGCGUGGCCGUCGCCAACGCCGGGAAGGUCUACUCCACCGACGUGGCGGACCAUGCCGUGGGCCUGCUGCUCGACGUGCAGCGGCGCGUGUCGGCGGCGGAGCGGUACGUCCGGCGCGGGUCCUGGCCGGCCCAGGGCGACUACCGGCCACUCGGGUCCAAGCUCGGCGGCAAGCGCGUCGGCAUCAUCGGCCUGGGCAACAUCGGCUCGCUCGUCGCGAGGAGGCUCGAAGCCUUCGGCUGCGUCAUCCUCUACAACUCGAGGCGGCGCAAGGAGGAUGGCGCGGCCCGCCGCUACACCUACUUCCCGGACGUCCGAGGCCUCGCCGCCGCCUCCGACGUGCUCGUCGUUGCCUGCGCGCUGAACGAGGAGACGAGGCACGUCGUGGGCAGGGAGGUGCUGGAGGCCCUGGGGAAGGACGGCGUGCUCGUCAACGUCGGCCGAGGGGCGAACGUCGACGAGGCGGCGCUGGUGGCGGCGCUCAAGGAGGGGAGGAUCGCCGGCGCCGGCCUCGACGCCUUCGAGGACGAGCCCAAGGUGCCGGCGGAGCUCCUGCCCAUGGACAACGUGGUGCUGACCCCUCACGCGGCGGUUCUGACGCACGAGUCCAGGUCGGACCUGCGCGCGCAGACCAUCGGCAACCUCCAGGCCUUCUUCUCCGGCCUGCCAUUGCUCACUCCCGUGCCCUGCCAUCGUGCCUAAUAUUUUCAUAGCUUGCAGAUUUUCAUAACCAGAUGAAAAACGUGGCAAAAAAAACAAAAUCGAUUAUCCAAAUUGUUAUUUUCAAACGCAAUUUGGAGCAUCAGUUUUUCUUUUGCCACUUUUUCCAUCAAUGUUUCACACGCAAAAAAACCCAGACAUCUAGAUCUGCAUCAGCUUGUUGUGGUUGACGACAUGUAUAACGGACGUCAUGCGUAGCCCGGCUUGGUGGAUGUCUGUGAUGGCGCACGACGGUUGCAAAGUGUAGAAACAUCCAUGGCGUCCCCUGGGCCGAUGGAUGUGG